CGAACGAAUGCCGAAUGUACCUAGGGAUAGCUGGAGAAGGUCGGAGAUUUCGACACUAGUUAAAGAGGAAAGCCAAGAUCCCCUUCAAAAGGAGAGCAUGUGAAUAUUUGUUAGAUGUGUAAACGGCCAACUGUCAUGUAUUGUAGGAAGAAAUUACGCCCCUGCCGCCGUUUGAGUGAGCAGAUCUUAGCAUAAUGAAGUUUGCAAAAGAACUUGAAGCGGAGCUGGUCCCAGAAUGGAGGGCGAAGUACAUGAAUUACAAGGAAGGGAAGAAGAGGUUGAAAGCACUUGCUCGGGCGUACCGUAAUCUCACUGGAACACCCCGAGCAGCAUUGAGCGCGAAGCGCAAAGGUAUAUUUACGCCUCGCUUCACAAACGACGCAAUCCGUCCCCAAAAUUUGCUUCAAUCGGCCGAGGAAGACACUGCUAGGCGCAACUUCCCAAAUCGAAAUGCAGCGCGGACGCCAGACGCCGCAUCUGCCAAAUCUCCUGAGCGGAACUUAGCGACAGAGCCCCCGAAUCCGAUCAACGUCCCCGGCCGAGCAGCGGAGAAGCAGCCGCUCCACGAAAGCCCCGACUACUCCGGCUUCGGGAGAUAUGGAAGCAUCAUCGGUACCCCACCAGAAGAGAGCGACCUCCCCGAACUCCAGAAAGGGCUGCCGUCACUAGAACUUCCAGGCCCCGCGCUCCACUCGUCGGCAGCGGCGCACACCCACGACCGUGCUCGAGCCGAUCGAGGCGCGGAGUCCGGCGCAAAAUUCAUUACGCGCUGGGACCGUGAAUCCGUCGAUUUUCAGGCGCUCGACAACGGCGGACCGUGACAGGCGGCCUUCGUUGCUGAGGAGGGUGACCUUAAGCGGACAGCCAUCGACGCCAUCCCACUCGCCUGACGUCCCGGUUGAAGCGCAUCGGGAAUUGGAUUUCCGUCAAUAU